AUGCGUUUCUCUAUUGCCGCUCUCGCUCUCGGUGCCGCUGGUGCCAUGGCCGGUGUUGUCACCGAGACUCUUACCGAGUACACCACCUACUGCCCUGAGGCCACCUCCAUUGUUCACGGAGGAAAGACCUACAGCAUCGCCACCCCCGGCCACAUCACCAUGACCCACGGUCCCUACACCGUCACUCGUCCCAUCGAGACCUCCACCGUGACUGAGUGCAAGUCCUGCUCUACUACCGCUGUGGCCUCCACUCCCGUGGCCUCCACCCCUGCGACUUCCACCCCCGUGGCUUCCAGCAGUGUUCCCCUCAUCCCCGUCCCCGGUGUCGCCACCUCCACCCCUCUGGUCCCCGGUGUUGGCCCUACCGGUGUGCCCAGCUCUCCCUCCAGCGCUGCCACCCCCUCCCAGCCCGCCUUCAACGCCGGUGCCAUCAACGCCGCUACCGGUGCUGGUGCCGGUCUGGCUGCCGUCUUCGGUGCCGUUGCCCUCCUUCUGUAA